CCAAACCCAGCCUAAUGCCACCGUGAACUCCGAAAACCCUGAGCUCUUGACCUUGUCAAAAUCGCACGUUCCCCUUGUUUGGUCUUCAUCUUUCUUCCUACUCUUUUCUUUAAACCCUUCCUAAACCCAAGUGCGAUCUCUCUCGAGUCCAUCAUUUUCUGCAACUUCACGAACAUGUACCGCUUUGCGUCUGGCCUCGCUUCAAAAGCUAGGUUGACUAAGAAUAGUACUCAGCAGAUUGGAAGUCGACUGAAUUGGAGCAGAAACUAUGCGGCAAAAGACAUCAAAUUUGGGGUCGAAGCUCGUGCGUUAAUGCUUAAAGGUGUUGAGGAACUUGCUGAUGCAGUUAAAGUGACCAUGGGGCCCAAAGGGUGUAAUGUUGUUUUGGAACAAAGUUUUGGGGCCCCUAAAGUGACAAAAGAUGGUGUUACUGUAGCAAAGAGCAUUGAUUUCAAAGAUAAAGUUAAGAAUGUUGGAGCUAGCCUUGUAAAGCAGGUUGCAAAUGCUACCAAUGAUGUGGCAGGCGAUGGCACCACUUGUGCAACUGUCCUCACCCGUGCAAUAUUUACUGAAGGAUGCAAAUCAGUGGCAGCUGGAAUGAAUGCCAUGGACUUAAGACGAGGGAUUACAAUGGCAGUUGAUGCUGUUGUGACCAACUUGAAGAGCAGAGCGCGAAUGAUCAGCACAUCUGAAGAAAUAGCACAGGUGGGAACAAUAUCAGCAAAUGGAGAAAGAGAAAUUGGUGAGCUCAUAGCCAAGGCAAUGGAGAAAGUAGGCAAAGAGGGUGUUAUCACUAUUGCUGAUGGGAAAACCUUGGACAAUGAAUUGGAGGUUGUUGAAGGAAUGAAGCUAGACAGAGGCUAUAUAUCUCCUUAUUUCAUUACAAAUACAAAGACCCAAAAAUGUGAAUUAGAAAAUCCAGUCAUUUUAAUCCAUGAGAAGAAAAUAUCUAAUUUGAAUGCCAUUGUGAAAGUACUAGAGUUAACAUUGAAGACGCAGAGGCCCCUUCUGAUUGUUGCUGAAGACAUUGAAAGUGAAGCCCUGGCAACUCUAAUUCUAAACAAGCUUCGUGCUGGAAUCAAGGUGUGUGCCAUCAAAGCUCCUGGAUUUGGAGAAAAUAGGAAAUCUGGUCUGCAGGAUCUUGCUGUUCUCACUGGAGGCGAGGUGAUAAGUGAAGAGCUUGGGAUGAACCUUGAAAACAUAGGACCAGAAACAUUUGGCACGUGCAAAAAGGUUACAAUAUCAAAGGAUGACACUGUUAUCCUUGAUGGGGCUGGUGAUAAAAAGGCCAUUGAAGAAAGAUGCGAGCAGCUGAGAUCUGCAGUUGAAUCAAGCUCCUCUGAUUAUGAUAAGGAGAAGUUACAAGAGCGUCUUGCAAAGCUCUCAGGUGGUGUUGCAGUAUUGAAGAUUGGUGGCGCCAGUGAAGCAGAAGUAGGUGAGAAGAAGGAUAGAGUAACUGAUGCGCUAAAUGCUACCAAGGCUGCAGUUGAGGAAGGGAUUGUCCCUGGCGGUGGCGUUGCACUUCUUUAUGCCUCCAAGGAACUGGAAAAAUUGCCGACUGCAAACUUUGAUCAGAAGAUUGGUGUUCAAAUUAUCCAGAAUGCCCUUAAGAUGCCAGUUCACACAAUUGCAACCAAUGCUGGCGUUGAGGGGGCUGUUGUGGUUGGCAAGUUGUUGGAACAGGAUAAUCCUGACCUUGGAUAUGAUGCAGCCAAAGGUGAAUAUGUAGACAUGAUAAAGGCAGGAAUCAUUGAUCCCCUGAAAGUCAUAAGGACCGCAUUGGUGGAUUCUGCAAGUGUAUCUUCAUUAAUGACUACAACUGAGGCAAUUGUGGUUGAACUUCCAAAGGAGGAGGAGGUUCCAGCCAUGGCCGGUGGCAUGGGUGGAAUGGAAUAUUAGGUUAGCUUAUGGGACUGAUGAUGCUGCAAAUACCAGCAGCUUCUUCUUUGAGCUGUGUAAACAGAUGAGGAACAGAAAAAGUAGGUUAGUCCUUCCAACUGGUUUCGAUUUCAGUUCUUGUUUAUACUUUAAUUUUUCCCUCAAGGACGGUGUAAUUCUUGGGGGGUCAAUACUUUUUGUAAGUUCAGAUCAGUUAUUGAGCAUCUAUACCAAGGGAAAUCUAUGCUGUCCAA